CCGGCUCCGGCUCCGGCUCCGGCUCCAGCUCCAGCUCCAGCUCCGGCUCCGACUCCGACUCCGACUCAGACUCCGGCUUCAGGUCCCGCUAUUGCUCCAGUUCCUGCUCCGGCUCCGUCUGCCGCUCCGGCUCCGUCUCCGGCUGCUGCUUCGGCUCCGGCGCCCACGCCGGUGCCGCAAGACGAGCCGGGCCUGACGCUGGCAGGCGCCUCGCCGGAGCUCUCCUUUUCACCGCAGAGCACCGAGCACAGCGGUGUCGGCAACCUGGAAGGGUUGCGUAAACAGCUGAGCCGUCUGACGUGCGCGGCGGCGGACGGUGCGCUGGAGGCGGCCUCGCAGCCGUCCACGCCCGUCUUCUCGGCCGUCUCGGCUGCCGACAUGGCCGAGCUGAACCGCCGGCUGACCAGCAUGAGCAGCGGCCAGGGCUCGGAAACGCUGACGACCAGCUCACGCGCCGGCGUGCUCCGUCCCUGGAGCUGGCACUGCGACGACCCGACGACGGCCGGCACCUCGCCGCCCACUGUGCUGCUCUUCGCGCCGGUCCCGCUCGCUACGGCGUCCGUAGCGAGGAGUGCCGACCAGGACCCGGCGGCGGCGGCGGUGGCGGCGGCCCGGCUUGGCCCAGAUGGCUCCACGCCGCAGCAGGUGCAGUCCCUGCAGUCGACCCAUUACCUGGACCUGCCGGCGGCCCCGGGCCUGAUUGUCACGCCUCCUCCCACCCCACGGCGCGCGCACGCCCAGAGCACCUCGGACGUCUCGCGCUCCGCGAGCAGCACCGAGACGGCCGGCGACCGGAGGAAGGCGCCGCCGCUGCUGCUGGCUGACCUGGAGAAGGAGCUCAACAAGCUGCACACGCGUCACCCGCUGCACCACGUCAUGUCGACGCCGCUGCUGUCGACGCAGGACGAGGCGACGCAGUCGGAGAACGGCGCGCUGGCACAGUGGGAGACGGUCGGGCCAAUCGACACCACGCACACCCAGCCCAUCCAGCUGGUCAGCUUCCAGACCAACAGCGGUGCCAGCACGCCAUCGUCGACGCCGGGCACGCCGGUGCGCCGCGGCCGCUUCGCCAUCACGGUGAGCCGCACGUCGGUGCCGUCGCCGCCGCCGCUGCUCUCGCCCGUCAGCGAGCCGCCCGACGUCGAGCACUCGGCGCUGUUCGUCGAGCUGCUGGGCAGGCAGCGACAGCGCAUGACGGAGCUGCUGCGCCAGCAGGAGGAGGAGCGCGAGCGGCUGCGUCGCGAGCUGCUGGACCAGCUGCGCCGCCCGCCGCCGGACGACGGCUGAGAGCGCCGGCCCGGCGCGCCGCUCUAGUUCUGUUUGUUUUCUAUCUCAGGGUAUUGUGGAACUUGAUAGCGUAGGCGCUCGUGCGCGCCGGGUCUUGGCCGUCCGGUCUGGUUCAGUCCGGUUCGGCUUGAUUCAGUCCGAUUCGGUCUGGUUCACUCCGGUUCCGUCUGAUUUGGUCCGGUCCGGUCCGGUCCGGUCCUGUCCGGUCCGGUCCUGUCCGGUCCGGUCCUGUCCGGUCCGGUCCGGUCCGGUCCGGUCCGGUCCGGUCCGGUCCGGUCCGGUCUGGUCUGGUCUGGUCUGGUCUGGUCUGGUCUGGUCUGGUCCGAACCGAACCGAACUGUGCCGAGCCGAACCGGUCGACAUUGUUACUGGUAGAUAGUUUCCAACCACUUAACUAUCGUGCUUUCAUUGUUUUGGCGCGCGCGCGGCCCUAGUCGGUGAGCAGGGGCGGACGACGGGCGGCGACCCCGGCCGCGGCCGAGGUGCAAUGCCGUGUGGGGUCGACCUUUUAGCGGGGAACGUGCGCACCGUCGCACGACACGCGGGCGCACAUACGCAUACACACACGCAUAUAUAUAUCAGCUGCUGCGAACCCGCAUCGGGCGUACGCCAGCGAAGUCGGCGGCGGCGCGGCCGGCUAUUUUAUACAGGUGGCUGGGCGCCGCCGGCCCGUUUGUACCGUGUAAGGUUCUUGUCUAAGCGAGCGGCCGCCGGGCCUCUGUGAUUGGGGAUCGAGGGGGGGGGGGGCGGGUCAGGCCCGGGCGACCCGCCCGCCGCCGGGGCCACGUGUGAUGCCAGCCACCGCCCGGUCAUUACGUAUAUGAUUUCUUUGAGCUGUGUAUCCAAUUGCCAUAUAUGGAGACGACAUGAAUGAAUACAAUAUCCUAGGUAGGUCUGGUUUCAGUGGUCAGUGCGCAAAGCGCUUUGCUGUCCGCCUUUCCCCGGGUUAUCCCGUUUUUUUUCUCACAAGGAGACCAACUGUUAAUGGCUCAGUUGCCCAUUGAGAGGGAACGUAAGGCAGGCCAGUUUCGUUCGGUUUGCCCCGAGGGCCGGCGCCGGAGCUGUGGUGGCGCAGUAAGGCAGUGUUCGUAGACUGUCGGUCGUUUUCCUGCUGCUAUGCCUGUUUAACCCGUCUCAUUUUCAUUCUGGCAAUAUAUUUUACUAUCGGUCGAGUGGUGCGACG